AUGACGGAGCGGCCGCCGAGCGAGGCGGCACGCAGUGACCCCCCGCUAGAGGGACGGGACGCGGCCGAGGCCCGCAUGGCCCCCCCGGAGACGAGCCGCGCGGCCCCGGCGGAGCCCCCGGUCAUCGAGCUGGGCGCGCGCGGCGGCGGCCCAGGGGGCGGCCCCGCCGGUGGGGGCGGCGCUGCGCGAGACUUAAAGGGCCGCGACGCAGCGGCUGCCGAAGCGCGCCAUCGGGUACCCACCACCGAGCUGUGCAGACCUCCUGGGCCCGCACCCGCCUCGGCCCCCGCAGAGCUGCCCGGCGACGGCCGCAUGGUGCAGUUGAGUCCGCCCGCGCUGGCGGCCCCCGCCGCCCCCGGCCGCGCGCUGCUCUACAGCCUCAGCCAGCCGCUGGCUUCUCUCGGCAGUGGGUUCUUUGGGGAGCCAGAUGCCUUCCCUAUGUUUGCCACCAACAACCGAGUGAAGAGGAGACCCUCCCCUUAUGAGAUGGAGAUUACUGAUGGCCCCCACACCAAAGUCGUGCGGCGCAUCUUCACCAACAGCCGGGAGCGAUGGCGGCAGCAGAAUGUGAACGGGGCCUUCGCUGAGCUCCGCAAGCUGAUCCCCACGCAUCCCCCAGACAAGAAGCUCAGCAAGAAUGAGAUCCUCCGCCUGGCCAUGAAGUACAUCAACUUCCUGGCCAAGCUGCUCAAUGACCAGGAGGAGGAGGGCAGCCAGCGGGCCAGACCUGGCAAGGACCCUGCGGUGGGGGCUGGCGGAGGGGGUGGUGGCGGAGGGGGCGCUGCACCUCCAGAUGACCUCCUGCAGGAUGUGCUGUCCCCGAACUCCAGCUGUGGCAGCUCCCUGGACGGGGCAGCCAGCCCGGACAGCUACACGGAAGAGCCGGCACCCAAGCACACGGCCCGCAGCCUCCAUCCUGCCAUGCUGCCCGCCGCGGAUGGAGCUGGCCCUCGGUGA